UUUAGAAUUUGGAAAACAAGCCUAUCCCACCUCAAAAAUGGUUGGAGUGUAUCCACUGAUAACUUUCAAAUAUUCACACACUCGUUCAUACACUAAUCCACUAAUUUAUCUAUCUAUUAAUCUCUUAUCGAAUAUCCUCUGUUUCUUGUCGACGAAAUGUUGUUAUCCAAAUAUCUAAUGUUUGCACUUGUUCUCGCAUUUUCUUUUGAUCCACUCCAUCUUGUUCAUGCACAGGAUGAUAAUUCGCCAGGUCUAAGCAUAGACUGCGGAUUAUCAGAAGGUGGUGACUACGAUGAUGUUCCACCGGAAUUCGCUACGUAUCGGAUGCAAACUUGAUCGACGGUGGUGAGAAUAGGAAGGUAUCGGCUGAGGUCUCUGGAGAGAAGUACUUGUCAACACUAAGAAGCUUUCCAAAAGGGAAGAAAAAUUGUUACAGUAUUAAAGCUUCGCCAGGGAAAGGCUACUUGUAUAUGAUAAGAGCGAGUUUCCUGUACGGUAACUAUGAUUCUUUGAUGGAAUUCCCGACGUUUGAUCUGCGUCUGGGGGCAGAAACCUGGAGCCAGAUCAGAAUCCGAGGAGAGUCCAUAGUUGAGAGAAAGGAGGUCAUACAUAAUUUGUCUUCAGAUUAUGUACAUGUUUGUCUUGUUAAGACAGGUAGUACAACACCCUUUAUUUCAGCACUUGAGUUGAGGCCUCUCAUCAAUACCAAUUAUUCGACUGCUUCUGGAUCGUUGCAGACGGUUCAUCACAGAGAUUGUGACAGUACUAGCUCCGAUGCUGAAACCAGGUACAAGGAUGAUCCUUAUGGUAGAGUAUGGACGCGCUAUAACAUGAGCCACUCAAGGGUUAGUACUUCGUUGGAUAUUACUAAUUGGGCAAAUGAUAACCGAGUACCACAGGAUGUGUUGAGGACUGCCAGCACGCCAGACAACGUUAAUGAUCCUCUGCAGUACUCUUGGGAGACGACGAAUGCCAGUGAUCAGUUCUUUAUGUACAUGUACAUUGCUGAAGUUGAAAAACUCACCAAUCAAUUUAGAGAAUUCGACAUCUAUGUGAAUGAAGAACUGUGGAGUAAUGACCCGAUUGCUCCACAUUAUCGUGGUGUGGCGCCCUAUUUUCCUGAUAUUCCAUGGACAGGAAGUAAAAAGUACAUAGUCACAUUCAACAAAACAGAAAAUUCAACCCUUCCUCCCCUUCUCAAUGCCUACGAGAUUUUUACUGUUAGAAAAUUUUCAACUUCAGGAACAAAAGAGACAGAUGUUUCUGCCAUCCUUAACAUCAAGUCCAAGUACAGAGUGAUAAGAGACAGCUGGCAAGGAGAUCCAUGUGAACCAGAAGAGUUUAUGUGGGAAGGUCUAGAAUGCAGCAACCAUGGUUCUGAUUCUGCCAGGAUAACGACAUUGAACUUGUCCGCGAGUGGACUGACUGGUGAAAUAGUUUCUUCUAUAACCAAUCUCACGCAACUAGAAACUUUGGAUUUAUCUAACAAUAACUUCAGUGGGCAAGUGCCAGGCUUUUUAUCUCGACUGGCUUCAUUAAGUGUCCUGAACUUAAAAGGAAAUAACUUUACCGGACCAAUUCCAGCUCAACUCCUAGAAAACCAAAAGAAGGGGACUCUUUCACUGAGUUUUGAUGCUCCCAGAGACGACACAAAUAUAGAAUUAUGUGGUUCUGAACCAUGCAAAAAGAAAAGCGAAAACUCAACUCCUGCAAUUGUUGGAAUUGUACUUGGUUCAGUUCUAUUCUUGGCUGCAAUAUUGUUUGGCAUAUGGAAAAUGAGAAGGAAAUUACGAGUUAAGAAAUUGGGGAACCAACCCCAAGUUAAUUAUGGUGUAAUAGAGAGACAGAACCGACAAUAUACAUACUCCGAGGUCAUCAGUAUCACUAGAAACUUCCAGAGAGUGCUUGGGAAAGGAGGCUUUGGCACAGUGUACCAUGGCUAUGUAGGUGACAAUCAAGUUGCUGUGAAGAUGCUCUCCCCAUCAUCAACUCAAGGCUACAAAGAAUUCCAAAGCGAGGCCAAUCUUCUGAUGAGUGUUUCACAUAAAAACUUAACCUCUAUGGUUGGUUACUGCAACGAGGGCACAAACAUGGGAAUCAUUUAUGAGUACAUGGCAAACGGGAGCUUACAUGAUCAUCUCUCAGGACGAAGCAAUGGCAUUUUGAGUUGGGAAGUUAGACUUCAGAUAGCACUGGAUACAGCACAAGGACUGGAGUAUUUGCACCAUGGAUGUAAACCAGCAAUCAUCCACAGAGAUGUGAAAACGAGUAAUGUAUUAUUGAACGAGAAAUUCCAUGCAAAAUUGGCGGAUUUUGGGCUGUCUAGAGCAUACUCUGAUGAAGAUGGCACUCAUAUCACCACAGCUGUUGCUGGCACACUUGGUUACCUUGACCCUGGUUAUUACACUUCAAAUAAGCAAACGGAAAAAGGUGAUGUGUUCAGUUUUGGGGUGGUUCUACUUGCGAUUAUAACAGGACGACCAGCAAUAUCAAGAAGCGAGGACGGGACUCAUAUUGUUCAAUGGGUUGAGUCCAUUGUCCAAGAUGGUGAUGUGAAACAGGUUGUAGAUUCGAGGUUGGAAGGAAAAUUUGAUGUAAACUGUGCGUGGAAAGCAGUUGAAUUAGCAAUGACAUGUGCCUCUCGGACUUCGUCUACAAGGCCAACCAUGAACGCUGUGGUGAUAGAAUUAAAAGAGUGCUUGGCUCUGGAGUUCGGUAGUCAUGAUGGAGUUUCAAACAAUUCAACUGGAAUAGCCUCCAUGGAUCUGGAGAGCUCUUUGGUUCCAAGGCGCAAACCUCUCCAGAGGAUUGUCUCAGCCAAAGCAAGGCGAAGCUCCACCUCAAUGGACCUCUAGCUUAGGCAAGAUCCUACUGUGCCUUUAACAACACUGGCUAGCGCAUUACAUUUGUCAUUCUGAGAAGGGCACAAGAGAGCAAAUAAAUCUCGUAGUCAGGAUGAUGGCUAUUAUGGUGGUACCUGAUUCACUCUGAGUUUAUGUAUACAAUGCAGAAGGGGUUCUAAAAUCAAUUUCCUGAAAAAACUGAGGAAUAAUAACAUUUCCAACAACUA